AAUGCGGCAUCCACGGCCCCCCAAUUCUUCUUACAAUAAUAAUCGACAACAUAAUUUUCCUGUAAUGACUUAUAAGCCGUAUCUUUUGAAGGAAGAUGAUGAACGUAAAAUUCCUGCAUUUCUUGUGAAGCUAUGGAACAUUGUUGAAGGUCAAGCAUACAAAGACAUUGUUUGCUGGGAUGAGUCCGGCCGUAGCUUUCACAUAAUGGAUCCUUAUGCAUUUUGCAGCAACGUGCUUCCUCAGUAUUUCAAACAUAAGAAUCUAAAUAGUCUUGUACGCCAAUUGAAUAUGUAUGGUUUCCGAAAGAACACACCAAUUGAUCGUUCUGGACUGGCUCGUGCUGAAUCUGACCAAGAUCACUUAGAGUUUGCUCACCCUUAUUUUCGUCGUGACCACCCACAUUUUCUUGUGAAUAUUAAAAGAAAAGCACCUGGAGGAAAGAAUUCCCCAACUUCUAAUCAACAUAAAUAUAACAGUAAUUCUAUUCCAAUGGAAGUUGCGGAUGGUGGAGUUGGACAAAACUCAUUUGAUAUGAAUGAAAUUCUUGAAGAGUUGGGAACGUUGCGUGAACGUCAGCAUCAUAUGGAAAUUCGAAUUGAGGAGUUAACCAAAGAAAAUGAGAUGCUUUGGAAUGAAAUGGCUCAUGUUCGCGGAACACAUUUGAAGCAACAACAGUUGGUAAAUAAAUUAAUUCAGUUCCUUGUCGCGUUGGUAGGACCAAAUGGAAAACAAUCUAAUCGACUUGGAAAACGUCUAAUUUCUGAACGUUCUGUUAAUCACACCGGUGAAUCUUCUAAUAAUGCAAUUGGCCAACUCCAGUCUAUCUUACCUGUUAAUGCUUCGGAGAUAUUAGAUCGUCUCAUCAAUGAAAUUACAUCUGGUGAUGGGACAAGUUUUAGUUCGUCAGCCGGAAAUUUGAUUUUUGGUCGUUCUCCUCAUAAACAAGGAAUGAAACAUCAAUAUGAUCAAUUCAAUCAUCACAUCCCUACUGAACUCGAUGCAAUAGAUAAUCUUUUGAUGGAUAACAAUGGUAGAAAUAAUCAACAAAUUCAACCUUAUACUGGCAAAGGAAUGAAAACUAUGAACGAUGAAAGAGAAAGUUUACGUUCUGAUCGUUCAGUUUCUGGGUGUUCUGAUGGUCCAAUAAUUGCUGAAGUGAUUGAGGAUUUGGAUGGCGUUAAUUCUAUUGCUGACACAUCUGCGAAUAAUGGCAUAAAUACUGGCUAUAUUUAUCAACCUCAACAACAAAUAAUUAAUAAUGGAGCAAAAUCUCCUCAUAUUGCUUCUCUUAUUGAACAACGACAUUUUGGCACUAACCAACAAAUUCAACAACAACAUAUUUUGCCAUCACAGAAUAACUGUUUUCAACCAAAAAAUACAACAACUAAUGGUUAUGUUCAAGAACAAAAGAGACUUAUAUUUCCUGGACAUGAACAACAACAAAUUCUUUACAAUCAACAAAAUCAGGCGAUGCCUGUUUAUCAACCUCAAAUCUCCUUCACUACUAUCAAUCCAAAUCAACAACAACAAACAAAUACUUUUCGACCUCCACCUUCGAAUUCAGCCAGACCUCAAAAACUACAACAGAACCAGGAAGAGCAGCGUUUCAUUCAGCAGCAGGAAGUACCACGACAGUGUCCGACAGCACCUCCACAAGGAUUAUACAUGCGCACUUCUUCGUCAGUGUCACAAUUUAUACAACAACAGCCAUUUGACGCUGUUAACUAUAAUACUACUAAUAGUCAUAGCAGUUCAGUUCUGCACACUCCUACGGCCUCUGUUCCCCCAUUCACUACAGAUGGAAUGAUGUUGAAUGAUGAAGAAAUUGCUUCAAUUGCUGGGUUAAAUGCGUACUUGGACAACGAUGACGCAACUGCAGGUCGCUUCAAUUUCUCAGAUUCAAUGGGUGAGCAUUGGAAUAACGUAGAUGAAGAUGAAUUCCGAGAGCUUCUCAACUAUGGAAAUCCAACAGAGAAUGUAACUGAUUUAAACAAAAUGGACGUUUGA